AUGAACUGUGUCCUCGAAGGAAACUGUGUAAAGGCCUUUGGGAAGGCUAUUCAUGCCCUGUCACGGAUUGGAGACGAGCUGUGGUUGGAUCCCAUGGUUAAAGGGCUGGCGCUGAGAUCAGUGAACACGUCUCAUUCUGCAUAUGCCUGCUUCCUUUUCUCACCAAUCUUCUUCCAGUGCUACAACCUGGAAUGUGGACCAGAACAGGACAACCAAAGCAUCAAAUGCAAACUGACCUUGAAGUCUGUGCUCCCACUUUUCCGGUGUUUGACUUCUAUUGAGCGUAACGUGGAAAGAUGUCAGAUAUCAAUCAGGACUCCGAGUGACUGCGUGGUCAUCCAAUUUUUCUGCAGACAUGGCCUCAUCAAGACCCACAACCUUUGCUUCCAGGAGAGUGAGGCCCUGCAGGCAGAGUUUGCCUCACAUCUCUGUCCUAAUGUGCUGAAGGCACCUGCCAGACUUCUUGGUGAUAUGGUGAUGCAUUUUCCAGUGUCCCAGGAGGAGAUCACUCUGUCCACGACUCCACAGAGAGUCAGCCUGAGAAACUACUAUGAGGGAGGAAAUGAUCACAUGAGGAUGAUGUACACUGAGAUGUCCUUACACCCAGACGAGUUUGUCCACUUUCAGGUCGGAGUGGACUCGGACAUCACCUUCUGUCUGAAGGAGUUGAGGGGUCUUCUGUCCUUUGCGGACUCACAUUGCCUCCCUGUGUCAGUCCUCUUUGGUGCUGCAGGAAAACCUGUGUGUUUCUUCAUGGAGGACGUGGUUUUGGAGGCCACAGUGGUGCUGGCUACUCUGAGCGACUCUGAGAGCGACCCCUCUCAGCCUACAGCGUCCCCAGCCCCAACUUCACGCAGGUGUGAAGAAGCUGCCACUGCUGCUGCUGCUGCUGUACCUGCAGGUUCUCAUGAGGCACAGGACAUUCCUGCUGUGAUGGAGCUGAUCCCUUCCAGUCAGGGCAGCCCCAUCCUCCAUCCCCCUGGUCUGAUGCAACUUCUACCUCAGUGUGACGUCCCUGAUGGGCUCGGUGUACCUGGAGAGGGCUGUGCCUCUGCAACUCCUGCCUCCACCCCGAUCUGCUCGCUCCUGUUCAGAGCCUUGUCCUCGCAGCAGCAGCAGGACCAUGAUGGUCCGUCUGUUCUGGCCUGUGACAGUGACGCGGAGGACGAGACCCUCGCUGUGAGAACACUGUGACACUGUGGUGAGAGCUCAUUCCUCAUCUUAACACCUCUAAAGAUUUAUAUUAAUAUAUGAAAUGCACUUUGCAUUUGUGUUGGGUUCAAUGUGUUUCGCUUGUUCAAAUUAUUUUCUACGUGUUUUAAGUGUUACAUUUCCCCACAAUCUCCAGUUGGACAUUUUACAGAAUGUGUAUAUAGCAAUAAUUAUUUAUAACUGAGUAAAUCAGUUGAUUUGUUUUGUCAAUUUCGUAGAAUAGUCAAAGCAGCAACACCAGCAGUGUUUUAGUAACAUAAGUUACACUUGAGCUUAAGUUAAAGUUGUAUGUGAAACUUACUCACUUAUGGCCGAAUUAGGCUGAAAGUGUUAACCAUCCCCUGCUACGAAACACAGUUAUUUCUGCAACUGAAGUUGCCAUGGUGACCAGGCCAUGUUCUAAGAAAAGCCAGCCACCUCUGUGGUGUCAGACUGUGAACUGCAGUAUGUUUAAGGACGAACACACACACACAGCAGGUUAAUAAAUACUGUAGC